AUGAAAGAAUUACUUCAUCGACGUUCAUUCAGUAAAGAUAAGAUUGAGGCUCGCAUGUCGGAUAAAAUCACCAUCAAGGAAAGAGAUCAGUAUUGUGCUAAAAGUGGUGAUCCAUUUGAUAUAAUAGCUAAUACUUUAGAUGUAAUAAAGACAAAAAACAAUAGUGAUAAGGAAAAAGUUGCUUCCAGCUCAUGUCUUACAUUAUUCCGUAAGGAAUUGGCAGAAGCUGGAGCCGAUCCUAAAAAUAUUUCAUUAGCUAAGGAUCCAACUACUACCGAAGAGUCUAAUGAAAUUCAGAAGAGGCAACUCAUACAGGGAUUAGCUAAUCCGUCUAAAACUCCUAAACACUUCUCUUUAGAGGAGGGACUUAGAAGAAUUCAAAUUACUACAAAAAUUUUUACUAUGCAAGAUCUUGCGAGAUAUCAUCAUGAUCUAAAAGAAAUUAAGAUACUAUGUAUGUGCAUGUACACCAAAUCACAAAAAAAAAAAAAAAUCUCCUACUUAUCUUGUUAA